UCGGCUGGCUAGGACGUCACUUCCGAAAAAGAGAACUGAAGCGUGAGGGCAGAUUUCCAGACGGAUUCGUAGCGUCAUGGUUAAUAAUAUGAGGACUAGCAGUAGUGUGCAAUUAAGAGGAAUAAUCACCAGCCUGGCUAUGUUAUAGACCAUAUAAUAAAUAGUUGUUCUGUUUGGGUUACCCUGGAUAGAGUGUCGUUAUUGUGGGGAAUUACACUACGAGGAACACAAGAUACAACAUAAAAUGGCGACGAGGAUAAACAAUUAGAAAACAAAAAAAAAAACAAAAAAAAAAAAAAACGGAAAACAAAGACAGCAGCGCUUACUACUCACAACAUUGGAUCGGGUGAAGUAAGAAGAUUUUCAAGGUAAAUAUAUAUAUAUAUAACAGAAGCAAACUACUUAAUUAUAAAACGCUGGAAUAAACUAAUCCAAGAAAAAUGUCAGGCACAGUGGGGUCAGUUUCUCCGUUUGAUGCUAACUCUCAGACUUGGGAAGAAUAUUGCGAGAUAUUAACUCAUUUUUUCACUGCAAAUGACAUUGACGCUGCUGAUAAAAAGAGAGCGAUUCUACUGAGUGGCGUGGGGGCACAGACCUACAGUUUAAUACGGAAUCUACUGAGUCCUGAGAAACCGGGAGACAAAUCGUUUGAAGAUUUAGUCAAAUUGCUACAAAACCACUAUAAUCCCAAACCAAGUGAAAUUGUCGAAAGAUUUAAAUUUAAUUCCAGGAACAGGAAAACUGAUGAGACUGUGGGAGAUUACGUAGCUGAAUUAAGAAGGCUAGCUAAAGACUGUAACUAUGGUGAUGCACUGAGUCAAAUGUUACGAGAUAGACUUGUCUGUGGCAUAAAUGAGAACGCAAUACAGAGAAGACUGCUGUCUGAAUCGCAGUUAACAUUUAUUUCUGCCUUAAACAUUGCCCAAGCUAUGGAGUCUGCAAACAAAAAUGUAAAGGACUUACAGUCACAGUUUAAAGAUACAACCGACACGGGUGUCAGCGCGCAACAAGAGCAAGCACAGUCUACUGUAAACAAAGUGUUUACUAGCAGGCGACAGUAUAAAAUGCCAGCGCGCACUAAUUGUUAUCGAUGUGGAGGUCUGCAUAACUCAAACGAGUGUAGAUUUAAGUUAGAAACGUGCUAUAAUUGUGGCAUUAAAGGCCAUAUUAGCAGAGCUUGCAGAAACAAAGCAAGAGGAAGCCAAGACACGUCUCCAAGUGGGAAAGGGAAACGUCAAUUUACUUCUAAUGACACCCGCAGUGCUCUUCACAUAGCAGAAGGGGGCGAUACAGGAACAAACAAAGAAACAGAAGAGAUAUACACAAUCUACAGUAUAGUGAACAUGGAUAUUCCAAAAGUAGAUCCCUUUACCAUGAAGCUUGAUGUAAAUGGAAGGCAUGUAGAAUUUGAAGUGGAUACUGGCUGUAGUGUUACCAUAAUGAGCCAAGCAGCUUAUUCUAAAUUAUGGAACAACAAACAAGCACCGGCAUUAGGAAAGUGCACAAUUAAAUUAAAAACAUACACAGGCCAGCUAGUGGAUACUUUAGGAGCAGCUGUAGUGACAGUGACAUACAAAGAAAAAGUCAAUAAAUUACCAUUAGUGGUGGUGGCUACUUCAGGGCCAAAUUUACUAGGCAGAGGGUGGCUUUCAAAGUUAGAAAUGGAUUGGAGAGUGUUACAUCAAUUGACACAAACAAGCUGUCAGAGGCUAUGUGAUGUGUUAGAAGUGCAUGGAACUGUGUUUAAAGAGGAACUGGGCACCUUACAGGGAGCAAAAGCAAAAAUAUACGUUGACGGCAACACCAACCCCCGAUUUUUCAAACCCAGAUCAGUCCCCUAUGCCAUGAAGCCUAAAGUGGAAGCGGAGCUGGAACGACUGUUAAAGGAGAAGAUUAUAGAACCUGUGCAGUUUUCAAACUGGGCAGCGCCUAUUGUACCUGUCUUGAAACCGGAUGGCUCUGUGCGUAUCUGUGGGGAUUAUAAACUCACUGUAAAUAGAGUGUCCAAACUGGAGCAGUAUCCAAUCCCCAAGAUUGAGGAUUUAUUUGCCAUCCUGGCAGGGGGAGAGAGAUUCACUAAACUAGACAUGAGUCAUGCAUACCAACAGGUUGUAUUAGAUGAGGGGUCCAAGGAGUAUGUGACCAUAAAUACCCAUAAAGGACUGUUUAGAUAUAAUCGGCUUCCCUUUGGUGUUUCUUCAGCACCUGCUAUAUUCCAGAGGACUAUGGAGGGGUUGUUGCAGGGGAUCCCUAACGUGGCCAUAUACCUAGAUGAUAUCUUGGUCACAGGAAGCACAGAAAAGGAACACCUCCAGAGUUUGACAACAGUGUUAAGCAGGCUGGAAGCUGCAGGUCUGCGCCUUAAACGGAGUAAGUGUACUUUCCUCGAGAAAGAAGUGGUAUUUCUAGGACACAAAAUAGAUGCCACAGGUUUGCACCCGGUGCAAGACAAAGUCAGGGCAAUACAACAGGCCCCAGCUCCUAAGAAUGUAACAGAAUUAAAAGCAUAUCUGGGACUAUUGAAUUAUUAUAAUAAAUUCCUUCCCAGGGUAUCAACACUGUUGACAGCCCUAUAUGUACUGUUACGCAAAGAUGUGAAAUGGAUGUGGGGAGCUAAACAACAAGAAGCCUUUGAAGCAUCAAAGAAACUGUUACAGUCAUCGGAUGUGCUAGUCCACUAUGAUGCAACUAAAGAGCUGAUCUUGUCCUGCGAUGCUUCACCAUAUGGAGUAGGGGCUGUUCUGUCGCACCGUAUGCCUGAGGGGGUAGAAAAACCAAUUGGAUUUGUAUCCAGAACAUUGACAGAGGCAGAAAAGAAUUAUUCUCAGCUGGACAAAGAAGGUUUAGGAGUGAUAUUUGGAGUACAAAAGUUCCACAAUUACAUAUAUGGUCGACAUUUUACAAUCUGUACAGACCAUAAGCCAUUGAUCACCCUAUUAAAUGAGAUGAAAGCUGUCCCACAGAUGGCAUCACCCAGAAUCCAGAGAUGGGCAGUAACCUUAAGAGCAUACGAAUAUACAAUUCAGUAUAAGCCCGGAAAAGAUCAUGGUAAUGCAGAUGCUUUUAGUCGCCUUCCGUUGCCAGAAAGCCCACCAGCAGGAAGGACUGAAGACAGAGUAUUAUUGAUGGACCACUUGGACAUGCCCCCGGUAACUGCAUCACAAAUUAGGGCGUGGAUAGGGAAGGACCCAGUGCUGGCGAGAGUACGAGAAUAUGUGCUCAGAGGUUGGCCGGCACAAGUACAUGAAACAGAGAUGAGGCCCUUCUUUUCCAGAAAAGACGAAUUGAGCGUACUAGAUGGUUGCAUACUCUGGGCAGCCAGGAUGGUUAUACCAAAACCAGGCCGAGUGCAAAUCUUGAAUCAGUUACACCAGGCUCACCCUGGGUCUACACGCAUGAAAGGUCUAGCUCGAAGCUACGUUUGGUGGCCAAAAAUAGACGAAGACAUUGAAAUGCAAAUCAAAACUUGUGAAACAUGCCAAAUACACCAGAAAGCUCCAGCUCAAGCACCACUGCAUCCUUGGGAGUGGCCCGAUAAACCAUGGAGAAGACUACAUAUCGAUUAUGCAGGCCCAUUCCUAGGAAAAAUGUUCCUAGUGAUAAUAGACGCACAUUCAAAAUGGAUAGAUGUUUACCCUUCCAAUACAUCGACAGCUUCAGCAACAAUAGAGAAACUUCGUCACAGCUUCAGUACACAUGGAUUACCAGAAACCAUAGUGUCGGACAAUGGCACUGCUUUCCUCAGUUCAGAGUUUCAAGGCUUUAUGAAAGCAAAUGGCAUUAGUCAUGUAACAACAGCGCCUUACCAUCCCGCAUCUAAUGGUUUAGCAGAGAGGGCUGUGCAAACUGUGAAAGAAUAUUUGAAGAAAACACCAGGAAACACUGUGGAAGUAAAAUUGGCCAGAGCGUUGUUUAGUUACAGGAUUACACCACAAUCAACAACAGGCUUGUCUCCGGCUGAAAUGCUCAUGGGAAGAAAAUUACGAUCUACACUGGAUCUUCUACAGCCUGACUUAAAAAGGAAAAUUCAGAAGAGACAACUGCGAGUCAAAGAAAGACAUGACAAACAUGCCAAGCUCAGAACAUUUGAGCGAGGAGAUCUGGUUUAUGUCAGGAACUUUGGACCAGGGGAAAGGUGGAUUUCAGCGAUCGUGCAAGAUUCAACAGGUCCUGUUUCAUAUACUGCUAAAUUAGGAAAUGGACAAAUAGUGAGACGCCAUGUGGAUCAAGUCCGAGAGAGAGAAAAAAAACACACCCCUGAGGAAAGUCCAGCAGUUAUUCCAAUAGACCAAGAGAUAACUACAGAGUCAGGAAGCACCACAUUGCAGGGAGAACGGUUAGGUACUGAGAUGAGGUCACCAGAAAGGGCUGAGCAACAAACUGCACCAGAGGAUCUUCACAGAGAUGGUCAAAGCAGGAAUCCUGGAGAGACAUCUGUAAAUAGUUCUAUGCAACAGGAAGUACCAAGACAUUCAGUGAGGACGAGAAUUCCUCCAAAUUAUCUCAAGGACUAUGUUAAUUAGAUAUUCACGGACGAGAUAGUAGUAGCAACUUUAGAAGGGAGGAAGUGUAGUGACGUCGGCUGGCUAGGACGUCACUUCCGAAAAAGAGAACUGAAGCGUGAGGGCAGAUUUCCAGACGGAUUCGUAGCGUCAUGGUUAAUAAUAUGAGGACUAGCAGUAGUGUGCAAUUAAGAGGAAUAAUCACCAGCCUGGCUAUGUUAUAGACCAUAUAAUAAAUAGUUGUUCUGUUUGGGUUACCCUGGAUAGAGUGUCGUUAUUGUGGGGAAUUACACUACGAGGAACAC